AUGUCUUCUAAUAACAAAAUGCAAUAUGUUCGCCUUGGCAACACUGGCAUGAAGAAUGCUUCAAAGGCUGAAUGGGUUAAAGGUGAAGAGGAGUCCAUUGAGGUCAUUAAAGAAGCUUACAAUGUGAGUAUUAACUUUUUCGACAUGGCUGAUGUCUAUUCCAAUGGUGAAAGUGAACGUAUUCUCGAUAAAGCAUUGAAAGGAUUAAAUGUUCCUAGAAGUCGUGUGGUCAUUGCUCCCAAGGUCUUUUCUCCUAUGUUUCCUGAGACAGAUCGCUCAGGUGCUGUUGAUUUGAGCCUUGAUUCUGGUAUGGUCAACAAGUUUGGUCUUUCUCGUAAGCAUAUCAUGGAUGCUUGUGAUGCUUCUUUGAAACGUCUCGGUGUUGAUUACAUUGAUCUUUAUCAAAUCCAUCGUCUUGAUACUGAAACUCCUAUGAAGAAAAUCAUGGAGGCUUUGAAUGACUUGGUUCGUAUUGGUAAGGUUCGUUAUAUUGGCUGCAGUUUUAUCUUUAUCUGGCGAUUCGUUAAACUAAACCAUAUUGCUGAAAAGAACGGUUGGGCCAAAUUUGUUUCCAUGCAAAACUUAUACAACUUACUUUACCGUGAAGAACAUGAUGAAAUCGUUGAAAGAGUGGCUCAAGUGGCCAAGAAACUCAAUGCUACUCCUACUCAAGUUGCCUUGGCCUGUAAAUACACGAAGCCUUAUGUCAUUGCUCCUAUUGUUGGUGCCAGUAAGAGCAAGCAAUUAUAUGACUUGAUAGGUGCUCUUGACCUUACACCUUCUGAAGAAGAUGUCAAAUAUCUUGAAGAAUCUUAUGUUCCAAAGGCUGCUAUUGUUUAG